CGUAGAGCUCAGAGUACAUAUUAAAAAAUCAAGGGCGGCUCUGUGCAAUACGUCAUAACAAAAAAGGUUCUUGAAAGCGAGAAAACAAGAGGGGUCAUUGAAUUUGCGGAAGUAGGGUAAGAGGGUUGGGCUUGCACUGCAACCCGAGACGAGAAAGGGCUGUAUUACAAUUACAGCAGGAAGCUUUCAAUAUGGAACUAUGGGGGUUCUUGCUAGCAGAAAAGGCACAUUAUUAUUAUUGAUGCCGCGGUGGUAUCGUACAGCGCAGUCCGUGUCACCCUCCCUCACCGUUUCUGUUUUCUAUAUCCAUGUCUAAAUUAAGAGCAUCGGUGUCAACGACGCUGAAAAAGCGUUUCAAAUAGUUUUUUUUUUUUUUUUUUUUUUUUUUAAUAAGCUGUUUGGCUGCGGGCGUUGGUUUCAGCAGAAAAAAGAGAGCAAGACAUUGUUAUUUUUUUUUUUCUUUCCUAUACAUGAGAAAAUAAUAAUGAAUAACGCGCAAGCUGACAUUAAUAUGUCUCCCGAUUUUGUGUUGAUGCGCCUGGUAUCUGCAGCCGAAGACGACAAUCUGGACGAGGAGAAUGGAAAUCUGUCAACAGCGGCCAGCGAUGCAUUCGGGGCGUCUGUGCUGCUGGGUCAGCACCAUAACAACGGGAUCCUGCUCAAGAACGACUUUGAAUUCGACUCGAAUAACAAAACGGCCCAGCAGCAGCAGCAGCAGCAGACAGGGAACGGGGCGGCUGCAUCCCCCGAAGAUGCAAUGCCCACAACACGGCCAUUGGAGCCUCUAGUGCCGCCCCCUCCCGCGGACCCAGCGAUGGCUCAGCGGUUCGAUUUCCACCACAGAACCAAGGGCUCCCGACCCCAGCUGAUGGUGUUUCGGAACAUACUCCGGCCCGGAGACAGAGACCACCACGGGUCGGGGCAGCACGAUGUUCAGAUGGGAGAACGUGUUUUAGAACCACAAGGUUGUGAUGUCAGUUCUAGUGCUAGUACCACUGCCGGUGUUCAUAGCAACAGAAGCGAGGACCUGCUGGAGCAGGGUGGGUUUCUGCAGCCGCAAAUUAAAUACCAACCCAAGUGGAGCUUAUUGCAACCUCGGCCGGUUGCAGUUUCGGUCAGUGCUGCUAGCGUGGUAACCCGCAGCGUCGUGCCCGAAUUGUGCCACCGCCACAGGCUGGCAACUGGGCACAAAGACUGGACCCCAGCAUCCGACAUGUUGCUAGAUAACAAACUGGACCACCGCGACUUUUUUUUAGAUACGAGGCGGGCCUCGUCCGCUCCGAGAGGCGGCGAACCGGACACAGCGGCGGCGGCGGCGUCGGACCCGGUGUUCGAACUGGCCAGGAAAUUCGGCGAGUUCGGGGUCGACGGCGCCGGGGUUUUGUUCAGCAAGGAAGGCGAGCUGGCGCGCUGUCCGUGCCAAAGCCUGCUGGGCUCGGCUGGCAUUGGGCUAGGACCCGGGGAGGAUCCGACAGAAACCAGCGACGCGCUUUUGGUUUUGGAAGGACUCGAAUCGGAGGAGAUGGACGGCUUAGGAACGAGCAGCACUUGCUCGGAAGAGGAUUUUAAGAACGGCACGCCCGCCGCUUUCUUGCUAAACGGCAAAGGGGACGCUGAUGUGAUGCAAACGAUGAACGGCUUCUCCAGCAGCACUCUGACGGGUCUGAUGAGACAGGUGGCGGGGGAUACUAGCUGUUGCCCCGGUUACCGAGACCCCCAGGUCUUUUGCCCGCUGAGAGACGUUCUGGACCUGGGUCCAGCCGUGGCUCAGCGGUGCCAGACCUCUCCCGACGAACGCAGCCCCCUGUCAGAUCCCGCCUUUACCUCUAACGGCGUCUCGCCUUGUGGGUCCACCCUGGACUUGCCAGCACCUUCUCAGGACCAGAACCACAAAGUUCGUGUGAGCAGGCGCGCCAGCUCGACUCUGUCAGUGGCGAGCGGAGGGGGUCGCGAAAAGACAGCGAGGGGGCCGGGCAAAUCCAGGAAAGGGUCGUUAAAAAUCCGCCUCAGCAAACUGUUUCGAACUAAAAGUUGUAACGGGUCCAACGAACCGCUGGAUAAAUCCGUGGAUUUGGCGGUGUCAGUCGGGAGCCUUGAUGUAAUGGAUGUUUCUGGUUCCAACGGAAGAGAGAAAGACCUAGGAAGGAAAACCCAGUUGACCAGAACCCUAAGUGCCUUCUCUCCUGCCUUCACGGGUGAGACGGUCUCGCUGGUUGACGUGGAUAUCUCUCAGAGGGGGCUGAACUCCCCCCACCCCCCAACACCCCCUCCUCCGCCCAGACGCAGCCUCAGCCUGCUCGAUGAUAUAAGCGGGCCGCAGCCUGGGCCUUUCCUAGCGGGCUCUAUGGGGGCCUCCCUCCAGUCUCUCCCUCUGCCUCUGCCUCCUCCUCCUCCUUCUCAUGCCACCAUCCAGCAUAGCCUCAGCCUCAAUGACACGUUCCUGCGGGCGCUCCCUCGCCCCUCCUCCUCCUCUUCUUCCUCCUUGCAGGGAGACGCCCAGCCCCCUGUCACACAGCCCCCCCCUGCCCAGGCGCUGCACUGCCCGCUGAGCAGACCCGACUCCUGCAGCUUCGCAGCCAGCCUGAGGGAGCUUGAGAAGUGCGGCUGGUAUUGGGGUCCCAUGAACUGGGAGGACGCGGAGAUGAAGCUGAAGGGGAAGCCGGACGGCUCGUUCCUGGUGAGAGACAGCUCGGACCCCCGCUACAUCCUGAGUCUCAGCUUCCGAUCGCAGGCCAUCACCCACCACACGCGCAUGGAGCACUACAGGGGGACCUUCAGUCUGUGGUGCCACCCCAAGUUCGAGGACCGCUGCCAGUCGGUGGUGGAAUUCAUCGAGAGAGCCAUCAUGCAUUCCAAGAACGGCAAAUUCCUCUACUUCCUGCGCUCCAGAGUUCCCGGUCUGCCCCCCACCCCAGUGCAGCUCCUCUACCCCGUGUCUCGGUUCAGCAACGUGAAGUCCCUGCAGCACCUGAGUCGCUUCCGAAUCCGACAGCUGGUGCGGGUCGACCACAUCCCAGAGCUGCCCCUGCCCAAGCCCCUGAUCGCAUACCUGCGGAAGUUCUAUUACUACGACCCAGAGGAGGAGAUGUACCUCUCCCUGAAGGAGGCUCGAGGCAGCCUGAGUCCGGAGCAGGAUGCUGAGACACAGACGUAGAGCCGAAGGGGCCCUACAUCCUCAAGUUUGGACACUUGUUUGUUUAAAACUUCCACAAUAGGACUAGCUUUGGGGGUGGCGACUGGACACAGACCGCCACGAACAGGAGUGGUAACUGGACAAUCCUGCUUUGAAGACCACCAUGUAGAGAGAGGCCGUGGCAUCUGCCAAGCUGGAGCCGGUUAGGGUCCUGUGGUCCUUUUUCCAUUUUCUUAAGCAGCUGUCAUCAGUCUCUCUGACAGGGUUGACAUGGUAUUUGGUCGCUGCGGUAACCGUGGUGAGGUAUAAUUCUAACCCCGCCCCCUUAUCCCUUGACCCCUCCCCAGCCCCUCCUACUCUCCCAACGCACGCACUGGAAUUGAGGUUUCCUUUACAUUGAUCUCCCCAGUCAUACCAGUCCCGGAGAGACCUCCCCCAAACUGGAGUGAACUGGUUUAACUGGGCCUGCUGCAAACUGGAGCUGAGCCGAGCUUGAAGACUUGAAAACUAAUAAUAAUAAUAAUAAUAAUAAUAAUAAUAAUAACAUGCAGGUUCGAAUUGGUAGCUCUCACUGGAAUCUAAAAGGGACUGGAGUUUUGCUUGUUAAUGUUGUCGGAAUUUGUUUUUGUUUGAAUUUGUUUUGUUAUUUAUUUAUUUUUUAAAUGGGGCAGGAGGCUGGAGAAUACAAGAUAGCAGCAAACUGAGCUGUAUAUACCAUUUGUGUGCGCGGAUCCCGGAACAAAAUGUUGGUUUAAUUUAUUGAUUUAACAAAAACAAAAAGUGAAAACCGAACUGGAAUCAAUCUUGCCUGUCUGAAUAAUAAAAAAAAAGGAUGCAACUUGUACGAGUUGCACACAAUAAGGGAACUGUCCCUUAAAAAGUCAAUUUAACUCAGCUUAAGACGAUGGUACCUGUCUGCGGUUCAAAUUCCAGAUUGCUUUUAAUAGGGGAGGUGCUUCUCUCAGCUGAUGCCCUAAAAUGCAAAACAGUAUGUAAUGCCUGGUGAAAUACAAUUCAAAGCUGCUGUACUAUGUCCACUGUUUUGUCAUUUCAAAUAUUUUCACCAAACUUCAAAGCUUAAUGUAGGUGAAAAACGCGCAAAUAAACAGGGGAACUCUUCGGUCCACUAAAAUAAAGGGCUUUGCAUAAUCUCUGCAUGUAAGAAACUGCAGUGUGAAAACACAACACGAAAUAAUGAAUUAACAUCCAGAGUAGCACUAUAGCAUUAAAAUAUUCUGAACCGGAGAUAAACCCUAACACUGAAUUAUUCACUGCACAGAGCAAUUACUUCUAGGUAGUUUUUAUUUUUCUAUUCACGUGAGCUGCGAUAUUUCCUCUCAAGCAUUAUUUGCGCGCAUGGUUAUUAAAAAACGUAAAUUAAUGGUGAAAAUGUAACUUUAAACUAAAAGUUGAGGUGAGGCAAUCGUUCAAACCGGGGCGUUGACGCGACAGAAUCCGCCUCAGUGCAGCGUUGGAAAUAAGAAACCCAUUGCAUAGCAGUCUGGGUCUUAUUUCCAUCCCUGCAGUGUGGGGAUAAACCCAUUAACAACAGUGUUGUUAUAAUCGUCUCCUUGAGUUUCAUAAAAGGAGCCCUUGAAUUAGUGAUGGAUCAUUGCACAGCGAAGUGCAGCACAAUUAUCAUCCCAGUGAAUCACCGUGACCGUGCUAGAAAUGAAGCGGGCUGUGGAAUCCACCAGGGUGACCGCGAGGGCGGGGGUACCAUCUCUGUUGCAGGAGAGACACAGGUUUUUUUUUUUUUUUUCUUCAUGGACACGAUUUAGAAUUAAGACUUACCUCCAAGUUCAAUGUUAUUUAAGCAUUAGAAGUAUUUAGUAUAAAGCCCUGUUGUUUUUCAAUUCUCUGUUGCUAUCUCUCUCCCCCAUAUAUAUAUAUAUAUAUAGAGAGAGAGAGAGAGAGAGAGAGAGAGAGAGAGAGAGAGAGAGAGAGAGAGAGAGAGAGAGAG